AUGCGGUGUACCAGGACCCCGUGGUUUAAUGGAUGGGGCUUUAACCUACCCAGAGGUCAGUCACUGCUGGACAAGUGGAACCUCAUCCCGGAGGGCCUCGACAUACUCAUGACACAUGGACCUCCUCUAGGUUUUCGAGACUGGGUUCCAAAGGAGCUUCAGAGAGUGGGCUGUGUGGAGCUGUUAAACACAGUGCAGAGGCGUGUCCGGCCCAAGCUCCAUGUGUUUGGUGGAAUCCAUGAAGGUUAUGGCAUCAUGACCGACGGCUACACAACAUACAUCAAUGCCUCGACGUGUACAGUCAGCUUUCAACCGACCAACCCUCCAAUUAUAUUUGACCUUCCAAACCCACAGGGUUCCUGAAGCUCUAUGUGCCCUAUUGGAAUGUGAGGGAAGGUCUAUAAACUGCCAUUUUUCUAAUUAUAAACUUACAUUCUCUUGUUUAUUUCCAAAUCCUGUGAGUUCUUUUUGUAAAAUGUUGAAACGCAAAUGAUGCUAGAGGUUGUGCUUCUUCUUUAUGUUUUUUUUAAUGGGGCAUCCAUUUGAUAUCAAAGGAGCGUUGUGAAUUUGUAAAAUGCCUUCUGUUUUCUCAAAGGCCACGCCAUUGUAAAUUGUUAGUGUUCGCCAAAGGUCAGCCAAGCUUUCUUUUAAAAAGUGCUAAAAAGUCUUAUUUUAAUAUGCUUUAAGCUGGAAGAAAAAGAAAAAAAGAAACAGGUAGACAGUGUUUUAAAAACCACCCAGAUUUGCACAACUGUUGAAAAGUAUUGUUUGAAGUAUUUUCGUUUUUGAUGUUUCGUUGUUGUUGUUGUUUUCUCGGUAAUGCUUCUCUUUUUGCAGACAUGGCCCCGAUUUAUAGCAAUCUUCCCAGCAGAAGUAGGCCUGGAAAAGACUUCUCUUCACGCUCUCACUGUAAAGAAAGCUGUGUGAAGGGAAGAAAACGGCCCUUGUGUAAAGGACGGCUUAGCUAGUGAGAUCCAUAUUGUGGUUAUACAAGGUCUCAUUGUUUGUUUGUUUCUUUUAAAUUAUUUUAGCUUUAAAAAUACGGAAAUGGAAUCUGUCAAGAGCAGGUAUUUCAUGCAGUUAAAACAAAUGAGCGUGCAGACUCCUUUUCAAUAUGGGUUUAUAUAUAUAAGUAUUUUUUUGUGUAUUAUGACUAAGUUAGGAGUUUAAUAUUGCUAAGGACAGUACAACUGCGAAGGGGUGCUGUAUAGCAGCGCAUCGGAAUUCCGAAGGAACUGACACAUUUUCUAAGAACUCAAGGUCUUAAAGAGCUUGAGUGAAAUCUAGGUACAAUUAAGGCGUGUAUAGACUUAAAUUUAAGGAUGCAAUGGAAGCUAACUAAAAUAAGGCUUAGUUGUCCUUUCUAUUUAAAUACCCUGAAUUGUCUUUUUCCUCCCCCCCCCCAUUUUGCACUGUGUGUCGAUGCAAUCUUGGCUAGCACAAAAUAUUGUCGCUAAUAGUCAUUUCUGUUUUCCCAUUGUAAAUGCUGUUGAGCUUUAUUCUAUUUUAUGUUACCUUGUUAAUGAAAUUUAGGAAAGCAGUUGUUUCUUUAAAUUUAUUGUGAUAUUCUAUAUCUAGCGGCCUUUAUAUGCAAAUAAAAUUGCAAGAUUUUUCAAUC